AUGAAGGUCAUCGAGGCUCAGAAUGCUGUACUCACUAAUUAUGAGGUCCUUCAGCAUCUGUCCCAGCAAAAGAACCUCUACAAGCUCAGAAAACGACGUGGCCCUCCUAAUCUAGAGACGGUCGUGAGAGAGCUCAUUCAAUAUCUACAAUCAUAUCCCAACCCUCUAAGCCAGAAGCCCAGCGCAUACACUCCCAACUGCAUCUCUCAACUACUUGAACGCCUAAGCCCAUAUGAGCUCUCCAAGGGCGAAGUCGUGAUGAUUCUCAACCUCCGGCCGGCUUCCGUGGCAGCGCUAAACACAGUCAUUGAAGAGAUGGCGGAGCGCUUCAACGAUGAGCAGCAGGAGGAGAUGGUCAACAUCAUCCUGGAGGUUUUGGGCCAGUUUGAGGCAUCAGCCAAUGCAAAUGGCAAUGAAGACGAUGCCGGGGAGGAUACAAAUGCUUGA